GCAGAUGUAAGAUGCAACAAUGGCGGGUCUGGAGGGAAGAUUGCGUUUUCUAUGUGGAAGUACAGACACUACUUUAUUCUCCUUGAGGUGUGGAAAACAAUAAUACAUUUAGUCAUGAUUUCCGGUUCCGCUGGCCCCGCCCCCUCUUCCCAAACACGUGGAUCUCUUCCGGGUUCUUCAUCCUUUGUUCUCUGUUCGUCAGCAGCCCAGAAGCGGGAGUGUUGAUAAAGCUGUAAGAGAGCUGCAGCAGCAGCAGUUGAUGAACUCUGGAAAGAAGUCCAGCAGCUUGAGGAACAUCUGGUCAAAGAAACUGGAGGGAAGCAGGAGCUCAAACAGCGGCAGGACGCAGCAGAGGAAGAGACACCAGAUGAUGGAUGAUGUUUUCCAGCCCAGAUUAGAUUUUAAAGAAGAGGCUCCUGAAGAACAGAGUCCUGAUAUGGACCAGCAGGAACUGGAGCUCCUCCACAUAAAAGAGGAAAGUGAAAGAAUCUGGACCAGCCAGGAUGGAGAACAACUGAAUGUGAAGGAGGAGACUGAUGAUACCAGGUUUCCAGUAACUGUUGUUAAUAUGAAGAGUGAAGAGGAUGAAGAGAAACCUCUGUUCUCUCAGCUUCAUCAACACCACACAGACGACAGAGAUCUUCCAAGAAGUAUCUCAACUGACCAGAUAAAAGCAGAAAUUAAAGAAGAGGACUGUGGAACAGCAGAAAUCAGCAUAAACCCAGAUCUAAAUACUCAUGGAGGCUCUUCCAACUAUUUAGAGACUAAAGACGGUGAAGAUGAUGAAGAGGAUGAUGAUGUGAAGCAUCAUAAAUCUGAGCUUAAACACUUAUCAGACUCUGAAACUGAAGACAGUGAGGAGGAUUGGAAGGAGAGCAGGACUUCAGGAUCAGGCAGAAACACUGUCAACAAAUCUUUGAGCUGCUCUGAGUGUGGAGGAAAAUUUGCUAACAGACGCUCUCUUCAGAGUCACAUGACAUGUCAUCCAAGAUUAACGUCUUCAGAUUGUUCUGGUAAUGAGAUUUGUUUCAGAGAAAAGAAAAUUAUAGAUUCACUGACAAAUGUCCAGAAAGGUAGUAAAACAUUUAAUUGUGGUGAGUGUGGUCAAGGUUUUACCAGGAAAUAUAAUUUAAAACGACACACAAAAGUCCAUACUGGGGAGAAACCUUUUAUUUGUGAUGCAUGUGGAAAAAGAUUUUCCUCCAAGUCAAAAUUAAACACACACAUGAGAAUCCACACAGGAGACAAACCUUUUGUUUGUGAUGCUUGUGGAAAAAGAUUUGUCUACAAGUCAGCUUUAAACAGGCACUUGAGAAUUCACAAAGGAGACAAACCCUUUGCUUGUGAUGUAUGUGGAAAAAGAUUUGUCUUCAAGUCACAAUUAAACACACACAUGAGAAUCCACACAGGAGACAAACCCUUUCCUUGUGAUGUAUGUGGAAAAAGCUUUGUGCAGAAGUCAACUUUAGAUAAACACAUGAGAAUUCACACAGGAGAUAAACCUUUUGGUUGUGAUGCAUGUGGGAAAAGAUUUGUGCAGAUGUCAACUUUAGAUAAACACAUGAGAAUCCACACAGGAUAUAAACCUUUUGGUUGUGAUGCAUGUGGGAAAAGAUUUUACUACAAGUCAGAAUUAAAUACACACAUGAGAAUUCACACAGGAGAUGAACCUUUUAGUUGUGAUGCAUGUGGAAAAAGAUUUGUCUACAAGUCAGUUUUGAACAGGCACAUGAGAAUUCACACAGGAGACAAACCCUUUGGUUGUGAUGCAUGUGGAAAAAGAUUUGUCUUCAAGUCACAAUUAAACAGACACAUGAGAAUUCACACAGGAUAUAAACCUUUUAGUUGUGAUGCAUGUGGAAAAAGAUUUGUCUACAAGUCAGUUUUGAACAGGCACAUGAGAAUUCACACAGGAGACAAACCCUUUGGUUGUGAUGCAUGUUGAAAAAGUUUUGCUUCAAAAUCAUAUUUAUACAAACACAUGACAAAUCCACACAGGAGAGAAAAAAAACAUUUGGUUCAGAUGCUUGUGGCAACUUCUUUGCCUUCAAGUCAUCUUUAAACAUACACAAAAGAAUCCAAACUGGAGAGA